AUUAAGAAGCCAUGCGCCUCCUCGUAAAGGCGUCGGUACGCCGUCAAGCCUCAGCUCCUCGUAUCGUCAGUCGUUUUCGCGACCACACAUUCUUUUAUACCCAAUCCAGUCAUUCCUUGAACUUGCGCAACGUCCUCUAUUAUACCCUAAUCUAAUCCUUGCCUUUUUACGAGACCCACCAAACCCACCAUGCGUCAAUCCAUUGCUAUCCUCUCCAUCCUGGCAAGCGCGGCUUGUGCUCAAGACGUCGUCAGCUUCUUUUUCCCUGGUGGCUACGACGGCAUCGACCCUGUCGCAACCAUCAACACCGCCAAUCCCUCUACUACCGAGUUCCACAUCGCGUGCCCAACCGGCGCCGACGAUGAAGAGUGCGGCUGGGGCCCUGGCCUCGAUGUCACCAUCCUUUCGCAAACGCGCUUCCAAGCCCAAAUGUCCACCGACACGAUUUCCAUGAGCCUCGGAUGCGACUACAACGAGAAGGCAGUUGAGAUGACUUGCACGGUGAACCAGCUUGGAGGCAAUGACGAUACCGGCGGUAAACCCAUCACUGCGACACUCUCCAGUGACGACGUGCAGUUCCUUUCUGCUACUGUCGUUGCUGGAAACAGCCUCUUGACUCCAGCUGGAAGUGCCGUUCCAAGCAUGACUGGCUCUGCGCAAAGCGGCAGCACUAUUGCUACUUCUAUAAGGAGUGCUAGCGCAGGUGCGAUGACACCCAGUGGAUCUAUCAUGCCGACUAGCACCAUGGCUUCUUCGGCUUCAGCGUCUACACCUGCUGCUAGCGGAUCUGGAUCGGCGUCUGCGUCUCUGCCCGAGAGCACCGGUGCUGCUCACAAGUACGGCAUUGAGGGCUCUGCGCUGCUGGCUCUUGCUGGUGCUGCUGCGCUGAACUUCUGGUAAAGGCGGCAAUGAGGUAAUUGGUAGAUGAUAAAUAAAUGUUAAAGAAGAGCAUUAUUGGCAACAAUGAUGUUAUUUAUC